UUCCUGCCGGGCUCGGGAGGCUCUCUAGCCCCUGCCCCUCUGGCACGGCUGGGGUGAGGGCAGAGCUGGGGUCCAGGGCUCUAAGAGUCUAUCAGGGAGGCAGACGCCGGCAGGCAGGAUGACAGACUCCAGAAGCCCUCCCUGAACAAAGACUGGGUGGGAGGCGGCCUGGUGUGUCCCCACCCCGCCUCCCCCGGCGACUGCUGAGCCGCGACCACAGACAGCGAGGCGGAGCGAGCAUGGCGGGGCCCAGGGCCGCCCUGCUGCCCCUCGUCCUGCAGCUCACCAGCCUGGCCCAGGUCUCGGUGACCGGAGGAGGUGGGGUCAUCCUCAGGGAGCCCCCUCAGCUUGCGGACAUCCACGACUCCGGACAGCAGGAGCCAGCCCACCCCUCAGCCCCUGCUGGGGCCCCCCAGGAGCAGGGGCGCCCCCUAGAGGAAUGGCUGGGAAGGCUGGAGGCCCAAAUGAUAGCACUCAGAGAGCAGAACAAGGAGCUGGAGGCCAGGGUGAGGCAGCUGGAGUCUUGUGAAUGCCGUCCGGCUUCUGCUCAGUGCUGGGGACUGGGGCAGGCCUGGCCUGAGGGUGCUCGCUGGGAGCCUGAGCCCUGCACAGCCUGUGUCUGCCGGGAGGGGGCUGCACACUGUGAGCCCAAGCUGGGGCUGCCCCAUUGCCGUGGCUGCAGCCACAAUGGUCAGGCCUAUCGCAAUGGCGAGACCUUCUCCCCGGACGCCUGCACCACCUGCCACUGCCUGGAAGGAGCCAUAACCUGUACCCAGAAGCCAUGCCCAAGGGGACCCUGCCCAGAGCCAGGAGCGUGCUGUCCGGACUGUGAGCCAGGCUGCCCUGGAGGCCACAGGGCUGGGGAAACGUGGCACCCAGAGCCCUGUGUCAUCUGCACCUGCCAGGCUGGGACCGUGCGGUGCCAGGGACCCUCGUGUUCGGAGCUCAACUGCCUGGAGAGCUACACCCCUCCUGGGGAGUGCUGCCCUGUCUGCCGGCCAGGCUGUGAAUAUGAGGGCCACUCCUACGAAGAGGGGGCCAGCUUCUUGUCAAGCUCCAACCCUUGUCUCCAAUGCUCCUGCCUGAGCGGCCUGGUUCGCUGCAUACCCCUGAGGUGUCCGCCCAACCCCUGCCCUGAGCCGGUUCCCAGGCCCGGGCACUGCUGCCCAACCUGCCAAGGCUGCACGGAAGGUGGCUCUCACUGGGAGCACGGCCAAGAGUGGACUGCCCCUGGGGACCCCUGCCGGAUCUGCCAGUGCCUGGAGGGCCACAUUCAGUGCCGCCAGAGAGAGUGUGCCAGCCUAUGCCCAUACCCUGCGCGGCCCCUGCCAGGCACCUGCUGCCCGCUGUGCGAUGGCUGUUUCCUAAAUGGGCGGGAGUACCGCCGCGGAGAGCCGGUGGGCUCUGGAGACCCCUGCUCGCACUGCCGUUGCGCUAACGGGAGCAUCCAGUGCGAGCCUCUGCCCUGCCCUCCUGUGCCCUGCAGACACCCAGGCAGGAUCCCUGGGCAGUGCUGCCCGGUGUGUGACGGCUGUGAGUACCAGGGACACCAGUAUCAGAGUGAGGAGACCUUUAGACUCCAAGAGAGUGGGCGCUGUAUCCGCUGCUCCUGCCAGGCCGGCGAGGUCUCCUGUGAGGAGCAGGAGUGCCCGGUUGCCCCCUGUGCACUGCCUGCCUCUGGCUCCCAACUCUGCCCAGCCUGUGUGCUUGAUGGAGAGGAGUUUGCCGAGGGGGUCCAGUGGGAGCCUGAUGGUCAGCCCUGCACGGCCUGCUCCUGUCAUGAUGGCGUGCCCAUGUGUGGGACUGUGCUCUGCUCCCCAGCCCCCUGCCAGCACCCUACCCAUCCCCCUGGUUCUUGCUGCCCCAGCUGUGAGAGCUGCACCUACCAUGGCCAAGUGUAUGCCAAUGGGCAAAACUUCACAGACGCAGAUAGUCCUUGCCACACCUGCUACUGCGAGGAGGGGACUGUGAGGUGCUCCUUGGUUGACUGCCCUCCCACAACUUGUGCCAGGCCCCAGAGUGGACCCGGCCAGUGCUGUCCCAGGUGCCCAGACUGCAUCCUGGAGGAACAAGUAUUUGUGGACGGAGAGAGCUUCUCCCACCCCCAAGACCCCUGCCAAGAGUGCCAGUGUCGGGAAGGCCAUGCCCGUUGCCAGCCUCGGGCCUGCCCCCCUGCCCCCUGUGCCCACCCACGGCCUGGUCCCUGCUGCCAGAGCAACUGCAAUGGCUGUGCCUUUGGUGGGAAAGAGUACCCCAAUGGAGCCGACUUCCCCCACCCCUCUGACCCCUGCCGGCAGUGUCGCUGUCUGGGCGGCAGCGUGCAGUGCCUCGCCCGCCGCUGCCCUCCGCUGCCCUGUCCAGAGCCGGUCCUGCUGCCCGACGAGUGCUGCCCCCAGUGCCCCGCCGCCUCCUCAGGCUGCCCGCGGCCCGGGGGCGGGGUCCCUGCCCGCCACCUGGAGCACUUCUCCCUGCCCGAAGACCCCUGCCGCCGCUGCCUCUGCCUCUAUGGCUCCGUGUCCUGCCAGCGGCUGCCCUGCCCACCUGCGCCCUGCGCCCACCCACGCCAGGGACCCUGCUGCCCCUCCUGCGAUGGCUGCCUGUACCAGGGGAAGGAGUUUGCCAGCGGGGAGCGCUUCCCCUCACCCAGUGCUGCGUGCCACGUCUGCCUCUGCUGGGAGGGCAGCGUCCGCUGCGAACCCAGGGCCUGUGCCCCUGCUCAGUGCCCCUUUCCUGCCAGGGGUGACUGCUGUCCUGUCUGUGAAGGCUGUGAGUAUCUGGGGGAGACCUACCUGAGCAGCCAGGAGUUCCCAGAUCCCCGAGAGCCCUGCAAUCUGUGUACUUGCCUCGGAGGCUUCGUGACAUGUGGCCACCGGCCCUGCGAGCCCCUGGGCUGCAGCCACCCACUCACUCCGGCUGGACACUGUUGCCCGACCUGCCAGGGAUGUCUCUAUCAUGGAGUCACUGCAGCCCCUGGAGAGACCCUUCCUGACCCGCUUGACCCCGGCUGUUCCCUCUGCACCUGCCAGGAAGGUUCCGUGCAGUGCCGGAAGAAGCCCUGUCCUCCAGCUCUCUGCCCCCAUCCCUCUCCAGGACCCUGCUUCUGCCCUGUUUGCCACAGCUGCUUCUCCCAGGGCCAGGAGCACCAGGACGGGGAAGAGUUCGGGGGGCCCCCAGGCAGCUGUGAGUGGUGUCGGUGUCAGGCCGGCCGGGUCAGCUGUGCGCGGCUGCCAUGCCCUCCUCUGUCCUGCCCGCUCCAGGUCACGGAGCCGGGCAGCUGCUGCCCUCGAUGCAGAGGCUGCCUGGCUGGUGGGGAGGAGCACCCUGAAGGCAGUAGCUGGGUGGACCCCCAGAGCCCCUGCUCCUCCUGCAUGUGUCAUGAUGGCGUCGUGACCUGUGCCCGCCUCCAGUGUGUCAGCUCCUGCGCCCGGCCCCACCAAGGGCUCAAUGACUGCUGCCCUCGAUGCUCUGACUGUGAGCAUAAGGGCCGCAAGUAUGAACCAGGGGAGAGCUUCCAGCCUGGGACAGACCCCUGUGAAGUGUGCAUCUGUGAGCUGCAGCCUGAGGGACCCCCCAGCAUUCAGUGUCAUCGACGGCAGUGUCCCAGCCUGGUGGGGUGUCCCACCAGCCAGAUCCUGCCCCCUGGGCCCCAGCACUGCUGCCCCACCUGUGCCCAGGCGCUGAGUAACUGCACAGAAAGCCUGCUGGGCUCUGAGUUGGCCCCGCCUGACCCUUGCUACACCUGCCAGUGCCAGGACCUGACAUGGCUCUGCGUUCACCGGGCCUGUCCCGAGCUCAGCUGUCCCCUGUCAGAGCGCCAUACCCCCCCUGGGAGCUGCUGCCCCAUGUGCCGAGAGUGUGUGGUGGAGGCCGAGGACCGGAGAGUGGCCGAUGGAGAGAGCUGGCAGGACCCCAGCAACCCGUGCAUUAUGUGCACCUGCCACGGGGGCCACGUGGAGUGCGACCCGGAAGAGUGCCCCGCCCUCUCCUGCCCGCAGGGCUGGGCGAAGGUGCCAGAGGCCGGCGGCUGCUGUGAGCGAUGCCAAGCCUCCGCCCAGUCGUGCGCGCACCAGGGCCGGGAGGUGGCCUCCGGGGAGAGCUGGGCGGUGGACGUUUGCACCACCUGCUCCUGUGUGGCCGGCACGGUGCGCUGCCAGAGCCAACGCUGCCCGCCGCUCUCCUGUGGCCCUGACGAGGCCCCCGCCCUCAGUCCCGGCAGCUGCUGCCCCCGCUGCCUGCCUCGACCCGCCUCCUGCAUGGCCUUCGGAGACCCUCAUUACCGCACCUUCGACGGCCGCCUGCUGCACUUCCAGGGCAGCUGCAGCUACGUGCUGGCCAAGGACUGCCGCGGAGGGGACUUCAGCGUGCACGUGACCAACACCAACCGGGGCCGGAGGGGUGUGGCCUGGACCCAGGAGGUGGCGGUGCAGCUCGGAGACGUGACCGUGGGGCUGCUGCAGGGUGGAGUGGUCACGGUGGAUGGGCGUCCGGUGGCCUUGCCCUUCCUGCAGGAGCCGCUGCUGUACGUGGAGCUGCAGAGACGCACCGUGAUCCUGCACGCCCAGCCGGGGCUCCAGGUGCUGUGGGACGGGCAGUCUCAGGUGGAGGUGAGCGUACCAGGCUCCUACCGGGGCCAGAUGUGCGGGCUCUGUGGGAACUUCAAUGGCUUUGCCCAGGAUGACCUGCAGGGCCCUGAGGGGCUGCUCCUGCCUACAGAGGCUGCCUUUGGGAAUAGCUGGCAGGUGCGGGAGAGUCGGGCCUGUCGCUCAGGACUGGAGCUGCCCACUGUGUUGCUGGAGAUGGAGUGGAGCCGGAGGGCCCAGGAGCAGCUCCUGUGGGACUUGGAGCUGCUGACUGGGGCAGGGCUGAGCCUCUUCUGGCCCCCCUGGGCCCAGUUCUGUGGUCUGAGGGGCCAGGCCCGGUGUGUAUGGAGCGAGCGCAGCAAGUCCCAUGGUGGGACAGGCGGGGAUCCUGAGCGGUGGGCCAGCAGGAGUUCCAGGCUGUGCCCACUGCCUCAGGCUGGGGACUCUCUGAGCCAGACCCACCAGCUUCCAGACGGGGGGCAGGCAGUAGACCCAUCAUGGGCCCUGGAUCUGGGCGAAGCUAGGAGGGACAGAGACCCCCGGUGGGAGAGACCUCCCAUGCCUGCAGAGCCUACACCGGAUGGCUUACAAGAGCCGAACCCCACCACCAGCAGUAGCUUUGGGGACCCAGGAAGCUCUAAGUUCAAGGACCUGGCCCAGAGAGGAGAAAGAAGACAAGCCCGACCUACAACCCAAAGGCCGUCCACAAGCCUAUGGGGGAGGAAGCUCGUGUCUCUAAGACCCUCAGGCCUGCCCUCCCAGGGCCUGUCAGAACCCCAAGAUCCCCCUGAGGGGCUGGACUGGAGCCUGGGCCAGGAGAGGGCAGAACUUCAGAAACUGCUGAGGAUUGAGAUUCCUCAGAGGCAGAGAGAGCAGGAGCCUCUAGAGCAGAAAGAAGAGCGCCCCGGGGGUCAGAGAGGGGAGGCCCCCAGGGGGGAGAGCAAGGAAGUUCUGAGUCCGAGAGAGAAGAUACACCAGGGUCAGAGUGGGGAGGCUACUCAGGCUCUGAGGGAGGAAGCCUCCGUGUAUCCCGGGGGGAAGGCUCCCCAGAGUGAGAGGAGAGAGUGUCUUCAAGGUCAAAGACACAACAGCCCUGAGUGCCAGAGAAAAGAGGUCCUGCAGGAGCCGCAGAAGGAGACUCAGGGUCUGGAAGUGAAGAGCUUUUGGGCUUUCCCAGGCCGAGUCUCACAAGCCUGGGGGGUGGCUGCGGGAGAGGCGCCCACACAGCCCCCAGAGGAAGGCGGUUCCCUGGGAAUUUCUAGGGAUUUCUGCAAGUCCCCGGGAGAACAGAAGCCUCAGCCUGGGGGAAGGGAGAGCCCUGGCUCCGGGAAAAGGACAACCCAGCUGACGCAGGGCCAAACUGACCGCCCAAAGCCGGCCACAGGAGACCCCAGGGCCGCACAGGAGGGGGCACGGCCUCCCCUUCCACCGCCCAGGCUCCCAGGCCCAGAGGCAGAGGCGCUAGCGGCCCCAGGCAUCGGGGGCUUGGGCCCGCAGGGGCACCCGCUGGCUCUCCCAGGGCGCCCAGGGCCGGUGCCCGACCCACACGGACUUCGGGGCCUGGAAGGAAGCCCGGGCACGGAGGAACAGGUGCCCGGCGGUUCCACUAGGCUCCUGGGCACUGUUGGGGAGCUGAGGGGUGGCGCGGAGGCCCCCGGUGCCUCGAAGGCCACGUGGCCCAGGCUCCCAGACCGGGAGAAGGUGUCAGUGUCCGUGAGCGCGGCACAGAAAGAGACCGCCCUGCAGCGGCUGCUGGAGCUGCACCGCGCGGCCAGGCGCCGGGGGCAACAGGCCCGCGAGCAGCAGAGGCUCUGGGUCUUGGAACGCCUCCGGCUCGCCUGGAACCGCCACUGCCGGGUGCACCCUCUGGGGCCCCCACCCAGCCCGGCCCAGCUCCCGCCACAGGCAAGACUCACGGGAGAAGACUGUGGGGCCCCCACGAUCCUGCCAGGGCUGGGGUGGGUGGGGGCGCCUCCCGGGUCCCUUCUGUCGCGCACCGGCACCGACACAGACCAACGGCCGGAGGGGCGCAUCUGCUGGGUGCUGCCUCCUGCUGGCUCCCUCCGGACCGCAGGGCAGGCGCCCGGGGACUCAGCGCUCGGCCCACCGCAGGAGGACGGGGUGGGGCAGCGACGGGCCCUGCGGGAGCAGCUGCAGCGAGGGCUCCAGGAGAGGACCUGGCGGCUGCGGGCCAUAGGGGCCAGGAACACCCAGAGCUUCCAGCAGCUACUGUGGCCUCCUGGCGCUGAGGAGCCCUUGCCUAGAGAGGAGCGCCCACCCUUCAUAGCCCCCUUGAGUCGUUGCUGAAUCCUCAAACGGCUGAUGAAAAAGAUGGGGAUUAAGGAAAAAGCCAGCAAAUGGCAGGCCAGCAAAGGCAGAAUAGAGGUGGUUCCAAGAAAGGCCCAGAACUUUGCCUCAGGGCCUGGGAGGCCAGACACACGGACACACACAGCAGCUUCGGCCCCACCAGGAGGCAUGUUAUUUCUUCUUCCCUUGCUCAGUCCACUGCCUGGCCACCGUCAGAGAGCCAGGUCCUGAGGGUCAAGCAGCGAGAAGGCCCCAUUCUUUCGGAAGAACGAUUCAAUGCGGCACAUCUUACAGGAGACCAGUUCUUGCUUCACUGGGGGGCCUGCGGAAAGAUGUCAGAGGCCAGGAAUGGGGCCUGGGAAAGGGAACUUGCGGAGCGUGGGAACCCUGCCUACAAAGCCCUAGGAAUCUGCCUGUAUUGUAUCCACAUUGGAAGUGUGAAGGAAUAAAAGGUACUUUUGAGGAA